ACUAAUCUAUGCUCAUGUGCAAGCAGCCAGCACAGGAAUCUGUUAAAAAUUUAUUUUUAAUCUCCGAGUGUUUCUAGUGACUGAAAUUUAUUAUUAUUCCUCUACAAACAUUCGCCGGACUUGUUAUUCUACAUUUAAAAACCCUCAGACAAUGUCAAAACCAAGGCAAGCGCUCCCGAUUGCAGUGAUGACCCGUCGCAAAGUGGCUCAGCUAAAUACAAGGCAAUUGCGCAAUAAAGAUGCCAGCAUGAAGAAGAUUGCCGAAAUUACACAGAUGUUACGGAGACCCACUAUACGAGAUAAGAGUGUUAGCCCUGGAAACAUUGAGAGAUCGAGUUCAAAAUCAGAAAAAUCACCAAACAAGAACACAUCGCCGAAGCAAGUUAAGACUUAUAAGGGCCCUAAAACUAAAGAGAGUCCUAAAUUAAUAGAGAAGACACCUGUUCGAGGCAUAAAAAUCCAAACACCCGUAAAGCCUAAAGAAACAAAAGAAGACGAGUAUUAUCCAAACAAGAUGAAACGGAUAACGAAGUCUUGCAAGGUGGUGCUGAAGCCCAUACAUGGAUUGAAAAUUGGCAGUAAGAGGAAGGUGGCGAUGCCACAAAAAGGUAUAAAACCCCCAUCACCCAAACGCAUCAAACAAACACAACCAACACGCAACACGUCUACUAUACAAGAAAUCAUCGAGCUAUCUGAACAGCAGGGGUUGUCAGAUGAAGAUUUCUUAGAAAUACUAACGUGUGAGAGCCCUGUGUGGUGGGAAAACCCGCCCGAUUAUAGCUAUGAUGAAGAUGCCAUCUGUAUAAAGAAACCAAUAUUGCACCGAGAGUUAACAGACAAAACUGGUAAAUCUAAUCAAUGUACACAAAUUAAUAAAACUGAGUCACUCCCGCACCAAAUACCAUUAAUAAAACGUACCGACAACAAAUUCAUGACAAAGAGAACGAAAUUAGAAAAUCUAUUAGGCAAUAUUAAAAACAAAUUGGCAAAUAAAGUUAAUAUUAAUAAUAACAGUAUUGCUAGUAAACACAGCGAAAAUAAAAACGCUCAGAUCGAAACAAAAAUACUUACAGAAACCAAAUCUAUAUCAUUGGAAACAAACAAACGAGCAACGACCUGUAGCAAUAAACAGAAUGACGAAAAAACAUAUGAACAUCAAAAAACUAAAUCCACUAAAACAGUCGAGGUUAAUGUGAAAACAAGUGACAGUAUAGAUUAUAACAAAAGAAUACACAGUAGAAUUUCAGAAAGUACAGACGGAGAAGAUGUAUUAUUAACGUUACAAGAUAAUGAUAUUUUAAAUGAUUUAGAAAACAUGGACAUACCUGUGCAGGAAAAUGAAAAAAAUGUAAGCGACACUGGAAAUAAAAACUUAAAAGACAAUUGCAAGAACUCCGCAAUAGUAACGGAAACAUUUUCAACUAGCUACUGUAGCAAAGGACAAAUUAAAAGUGAUUUUUUCAAUACAAACAACAAUUCAAAGUAUGAUAAUUACCUUAACAAUACUGACAAAAAUAAACAUCAAAAACAAGAAAAUGUAAUUGACACAAAAAGUGAAACUGUUGAUAAUAUUAAUAAAAAUAAAACAAGACUUAAUAAAUCUACCUCAGACACAGAAAAUAACGCACAGUGUAAUGAUUUUAUUUUUAAAACAAACCCUAGUGUAGAUAGGCUAUGUACUGUAGUUAAUACUGAAGACAACGAAGAUUCAGAUAUACAAAAAUUAACAAUAACCAGUAUCGAAAAAAUUAGUUCACCAACAUUGUCUGAUGUCGAUAAUUCUAGUUGUCAGGAAUUUGACACUAUAUCGGAGAGUAAUUUAAAAUUUAUCGAUGAAGAUAUAUCUAGUCUUAAUAGUGAAUAUUCUUCUAGCGAUAGUAAGAAUUUAAAUGAUCAAAUUUGUGACACUAAAGAAGUAAAUAACAUUAGAGGUAACUUAGAAAGUGGUUCAAGUCAAGAUGAGAUAUUAGAGCCUAAUUUCAUACAAAACGAAAAAGAUUUCGAAAGUGUUGAAAAGAUUACAAAGUUUAAAAAUCAAAAGAAAAAAGAUAAGGAAUAUAUGACUGUGUAUAAAAUAAUUUCAUGUGAAGACGUCACUGACAGUCAAAUUGAUAUUAAAUUUGUGCCGAAUGACAGAGAUUUAAAAAAUAUACAAAAGUCAGAUGUUUUUAAGAAGAUAAUUUCUGAAAACGACAAAUCUCGUGAAAAAACAGAUUCUGUAAAAGGGAAUUUAAAUUCAUUCUAUAAGAAAUGCAAAAGUACCUAUCACAGGAAACCUAAAUCAACUUCAAACAAUAUUGAGGGUGAAAUUAACAAGAACAUUUCAAUUGAACUACAAAAUUCAACUGAAAGUGAAGCCAUUGAUAAUUCAAUUUCAAUUGAAACUGAAGGUGUUUAUGCGGUUGAAACUGAACAGGCGUUCAAUCACGACCCUGAAAGUGACACGUUUUGUCGAUCAUGUGAAACAUCAGAGAAAUCUAUUGUUAUCUCAGACCAAAACAUUGUGAAAUACUGUUUAAAAUGUUCUUCCAUUUUUGAAUCAGAAAAUUGUACAUAUUGUGAUAAAAAAGCUGAAAUAGAUAAGAAAAAUCAGCAACCAGUUAUUAAAAUCAGUGAUAGUGUGAAACAAUCUAACGCAAACAGUGGAGUUAAGUUUUCAAGUAAGUAG